AUGACAAGCUCUCUUCCACCUGUGGCUAUUCCAGGGCAACGCCUAGGCCCUGUCUCUGCAUAUCUCUCAGGACCAGGCACGCAUGUUCAGCAAUCCAACAUCUACGCCUCCAUCGCCGGCCCUGUCAUCGUUGAUCCCGCCCAGUCAAAGACAGAAAAUAAAUCAACUCUGCGAGUGUCCCGAGUGACUGCAGGUGUAAACCAAGCAGUUUCAGCCCCUGUAGUUAGCUCUGGCACCACACCUGCCGCAAAGCAGAAGACAAGAUACAACACUCUGCCCGCUGUUGACUCCAUUGUCCUCGCUCGGGUUACUCGCGUGCAGAAGCGUCAAGCCACCGUCUCUAUUCUUGUCGUUCUCGAUGAUGUCCAAGCACAGAGCACCGAUCCUGCUCAUGCCACCUCGGACAACGACAACGUCGCCUCCAUUCUCACCUCCGCCGCUAAUCCGGAAAACCAUAGCAGCACGGAUGAGCUGCGCUUCCAGGCACUCAUCCGUAAGGAGGAUGUCCGUGCUGUCGAGAAGGACCGCGUGGUUAUGGACGAGAUGUUCCGCGUUGGCGAUAUUGUCCGCGGGUCGGUGAUCUCGCUCGGCGACCAGAGCUUCUACUACCUCACCACGGCCCGGAAUGAUCUCGGCGUGGUCAUGGCCCGCAGCGAGGCUGGAAAUAUGAUGUUCCCGAUCAGCUGGAAGGAGAUGCGUGACCCUGUCACCGGGCUCGGUGAGCAGCGGAAGGUUGCGCGGCCAUACUGA